AUGUCUUUCUGUUUAAAGGGAUUUGAGUUGAUCAAUGUUGAACUGAAGAAUAAGAACAUGAGACGUCAUUGCCUUUCCUCUCGUCCACCCCGUCCUGCCGGUCAUCGCCACUGUGACAGCUGCUACAGCCGGCGGUGUAAGGCCCCCGUGGAGAUCUCCGUGUCUUGUGUGCUCAUCCCCUGCCGCCUUUUGUGUGGAGCCCUGUUCCACAUGUGCAAAGAGGAGGAGCAUGUGCUCCUCUGCCCCAAUGAGAAGGUGCCAUGCCUCAACGCCGCCUUCGGCUGUCCAAUCAUCAUGCCCCGUUCCUGGCAGGCGGGCCACCUGCAGGUCUGUCCCGCCAGUGUGGUGUGCUGCUCAAUGGAGUGGAUCCGCUGGCCAGCCGAUGAAGCCUACGCAAACACACACCUCGAUGUCCACGCACACACACACACCCUGCACGAGAACCUGCUGAAGGAGGAGAAGGCAGGAGAACAGUUGGACCUGGCCAUGGCCCUGGAUGAUCAGAGACACUUGUUCGCACGUAUGAAGAUGAAGACUCUCUACCCAGAGAUGAUAGUGAAGGUGGAGGGAGAGGAAGAGGAGAAGAAAGAAGAGAAGAAAAAGGAGAAGACAGAAGACUGGGCCACAGUGCAUCCAAGAAAUGGGGCCUCCACCCUCUGUACGGGUGCUGAUGGCGUUCCAGAAACAGCAGUGACAGACCUGUCAGACUUUUCUUUGGAGAAGGAGGAGGGAGAUGUGGGUGCGGAGGAACCAGGGGGAGACAUCAGCUCUGACAGAUACAACAGGUAUGAGAGGAUGUUCAACAUGGAUAAAGGAGGCUGUAAUGUGGACACUAAAAACAGCCGGGGCAGGGAAGGGAAGGAGUGGAACCAUUGGAUGGAGUUGGAGGAGCAGUCGUGCAGAGAGAAGAAGGAGAGAAGAGAUGCAGAAGGGUUGAUGGGCGCUCUGCAAGCUCCAGAAGCUCCAGGGAGACCAAGGGGGACCGAGGACAACCGUAAUGCCACAGGGACUACAGGUAUGGCCCCGUGGCAGGACGGGGUCCUGCAGCGCAUGGCCAAGGAGGUCACCCCCCAGGAAUUCAACAUGUACCUAGUGCACCACGGACGCAUGCUGCUCACCUUUGGCCAGAUGGAUGCCUGCACGCCACGGGAAAAAGACUUUGUCUAUGGAAACAUAGAGCCCAUCCCUGUUCAGACACUGUACUCCUUCAAGGUCCCUGUCAGCUACCGUGAGAAGCAGCGUAGUGUCCACUACUAUGACGCAUCAGCCCGUGCCGAGAGUACCUGGGCCUGUGUGGAUACGUCUGACCUGGGGGCAUUAAAGGAGUCCUGGUGGACGGACGAGGCUGACAGCACACUACUGGGAUACGCAGAGAGAGAGGUCAUGGGGCAUCAGAUCAGUGAGGAGCGUGGACAGGACGGGCUUUAUGUGGACAUGGGGAUGCAGACCCACUCCUUCAAGACGGCACCAUUCAGACGAGACACGACGUUAGCAGACCUGACAAGGGACAGGCCUCUGAAGCUCCGCCUCCAGCUGCAUGCGGGCAGCACCUCCAGCCGACACAACAAGGCUAGCUCCGCCUUCACCUUCCUCUGUGGACACUCCUUCCAACGAAGGGAAUUCCCCAAACACUUCAGGAACGUGCACACAGACAUUCAGACGUGUGCUAGUGGCUGGUUUGAGCAGAGGUGUCCCCUGGCCUACCUGGGCUGCACCUACAGCCAGAGAAGGUUAGAGCCUUUCAAACAACCUGCCACGGUCACCUACAACCAGGAACUGAGCAUCUUCAACCUCCGACCCACCGUCCCAGCUCCUCAAGGGGAGGGACCAGAGCCCCUUAAACCCUCCAAGUCACAGUCUGCUUCAGAACCUGUCCCAACCCCCAGGAGGAGGCGGUCGAGGGGAGAAGGGGACUGCGAUUCUCUGAGUGCUUUGCCAUCCGAGGUGCUGUGCCACAUGGCCAGCUUCCUGGACAGCUUGUCCCUGUCCCAACUGGCCCUUGUGUCCCGCCUCAUGAGAGAGGUGUGUUCCUCUCUGCUGCAGGACAGGGGGAUGGUGUCUCUCCUCUGGGAAAAGAAGACCUACAAGUCUGGUGUGGCCAAAUGGAAGGCCAAAACGGUGUGGGAGUUCAGUCAUCUGUUCUCUACAGUAGAUUUGUGGCGUUUUAUAGACAACGUGCCGUCCAUGUCGGAGCACCUGAAGGUUUGUCCCUACUACCAGACCUGGGUACCACCCAAGCCGGUGGCCCUGCCCAGCAUGAGUCACCUACAGGGGGGAACACAGGAGCAGGACAACCAGCAGAGACAGAGCCUGGUUGCUCAGUUCAUGGGCAACAGAUAGCAGGGAAAAAUAGUAUUCUGAUCCUACCUGACAGUCAGUACUGGCUGGUGGACUUCAAAUCUGAGGAUGGGCUGACAAUAAUGGCUGGAAUGGAGUAAACGGAAUGGUUUCCAUGUGUUUGAUACAAUUCCAUCAACUCCAUUCAAGCCAUUAUUAUGAGCCAGCCUCCCCUCACCCGCCUCCUCUGCUGACCGUCCACCCUUGAAGCAUGAAUAGAACAAAUAGAACAAACUAUGCGCCAGACAUUUUCAGCUCCAGAGAAUUCAGUUAAAAAGUGUGUGUUUAUUACUAAAACCUUUAUUACUAAAAGUUUACUUGCUAUCUCACAGUUGGAUUUACCAGAAUCUCGAAGCAGCUCGAAGAACCAAUCACACACGUCUGUAGGAGGCAGACAGGUCGAGUGACGAAUGAGGGAUUACCUCCCCUCAUACUAAAGAGCCAUUUGCUUAAUCUCUGAUCAUUCCCGAGCAUGCCGAACUUCCUCACACUCUUGCAAGUAGGGAAAUGUGGUGAGAUAUUCAUAAUAUCAGAGAACCUGGGUAACGCAAGUAACCUUAAGUUAUUUUUCAAUUAUUAGUUUCAAUAUCUCACAAAAGCCACAAUCUCCAAAGUGAGACAAUUGUAUUGCCACUGACCUUAUGCAUUAAGGCAGGGUUGGAUAAGAAGGUAACCUGGGCAAACUGUAGGCACGAAUGGUGAACUGACAGUGCAUCUAGUUCACUCACUCACUUUGCCAACAUAAGGGCACAAGUGAAGCAGUCUUAAAGGGGGCUUAUUUUCAUCAUGUCUGAGGCAUUUAUAGGAGAGUGUGAUGUGUUUCACACAUAAUUGCCCAAGAGGAAGGCUGGUCAGGGCUUAGCGCAAUGAAUGAUACACCCUAUGAUGGCUUUCGGUGAUUGAUUUGGGGGGGUCUAAAAAUACAUAUAGUCCUGCUUUGGGGCAUUUCGUGAAGGCUCUAUGUUAUACUGAUCAAACUACAAGUUUUUGCGGGUGUCGAUAUGGUUGUUCUUGUUUGAUAGAGCAAUUGGAUGUCUUUCAGCGAUGUUCCUAUUGGUGGAUUCAUUGCUAAAUGUACAAGUAUGUACAUUUUUUUCCACUCUCUGAAAGACUACAACUUGCAUUGGGCGGUGCAUCGUGCUGUAGCCCCCGUCCCUUCCCCAAGGCGGGCUGUUUUGAAAAAGAGGUGGACACUUACAACAAUCCUUUGGGCAAAACUGAAAGAACUGACCAGAUGCAAUGAAUAAAAUGUCAAAUAUAUGUACUUCUAAAGCCCUUUUUACAUCAGCCGAUGUCACAAAGUGCUAUACAUAAACCCAGCCUAAAACCCCAAACAGCAAGCAAUGCAGAUGUAGAAGUACAGGGGCUCAUAACAAGUUAGUAGGAGCCAGUCUAACUAGCUAGCCAACUCCAGCCAUGUGCUAACAUUUGCUGGUAAACUAAGAUUUAGGUGGCUGGUUGUAACAUUGUAGCUUGGUAUUUAGUAGCUAGCCACACCUAUAACUAAAAAGAGAAGAGGUAUUACAAUCAAGAUACAAAAUAUAUCCAAUUGUUGAUCUCUAUUAGACUGGCUAGCCAAGCAUACCUAACAUGGAUAUUUCAAUAUUGUUAGCUUGCUGUUGGCUAACUAGCAUCACUAAAUUGGCAGCAAGAUUGAUAGCCAGCUGAGACUGUCUGAGAACCAAUUAAUCAACCAUAGACGAUUCAUACAGUUGAAGUCGGAAGUUUACAUACACCUUAGCCAAAUACAUUUAAACUCAGUUUUUCACAAUUUCUGACAUUUAAUGCUAGUAAAAAUCCCCUGUCUUAGGUCAGUUAGGAUCACCACUUUAUUUUAAUAAUGUGAAAUGUCAGAAUAAUAUUAGAGAGAAUGAUUUCUCAGAUUUGAUUUAUUUCAUCGCAUUCCCAGUGGGUCAGAAGUUUCCAUACACUCAAUUAGUAGUUGGUAGUAUUGCCUUUAAAUUGUUUAACUUGGGUCAAACGUUUUGGGUAGCCUUCCACAAGCUUCCCACAAUAAGUUGGGUGAAUUUUGGCUGGUGUAACUGAGUCAGGUUUGUAGGCCUCCUUGCUUGCACAUGCUUUUUCAGUUCAGCCCACACAUUUUCUAUAGGACUGAGGUCAGGGCUUUGUGAUGGCCACUCCAAUACCUUGACUUUGUUGUCCUUAAGACAUUUUGCCACAACUUUGGAAGUAUGCUUGGGACCCAUUUGCGACCAAGCUUUAACUUCCUUCCUUUCUGCGAUAUAUCCACAUAAUUUCCCUCCUCAUGAUGCCAUCUAUUUUGUGAAGUGCACCAGUCCCUCCUGCAGCAAAGCACCCCCACAAUAUGAUGCUGCCACCGCCGUGCUUCACGGUUGGGAUGGUGUUCUUCGGCUUGCAAGCCAUCCCCUUUUUCCUCCAAACAUAACGAUGGUCAUUAUGGCCAAACAGUUCCUUUUUUGUUUCAUCAAACCAGAGGACAUUUCUCCAAAAAGUACGAUCUUUGUCCCCAUGUGCAGUUCCAAACCGUAGUCUGGCUUUUUUAUGGCGGUUUUGGAGCAGUGGCUUCUUCCUUGCUGAGGUGCCUUUCAGGUUAUGUCGACAUAGGACUCGUUUUACUGUGGAUAUAGAUACUUUUGUACCUGUUUCCUCCAGCAUCUUCACAGGGUCCUUUGCUGUUGUUCUGGGAUUGAUUUGCACUUUUUUUUACCAAAGUACGUUCAUCUCUAGGAGACAGAACGCAUCUCCUUCCUGAGCGGUAUGACGGCUGCGUGGUCCCAUGUUGUUUAUACUUGCGUACUAUUGUUUGUACAGAUGAACGUGGUACCGUCAGGCAUUUGGAAAUUGCUCCCAUGGAUGAACCAGAUUUGUGGAGGUCUGCAAAUUAUUUUCUGAGGUCUUUGCUGAUUUCUUUUGAUUUUCCCAUGAUGUCAAGCAAAGAGGGACUGAGUUUGAAGGUAGGCCUUGAAAUACAUCCACAAUACACCUCCAAUUGACUCAAAUGAUGUCAAUUAGCCUAUCAGAAGCUUCUAAAGCCAUGACAUAAUUUUCUGGAAUUUUCCAAACUGUUUAAAGGCACAGUCAACUUAGUGUAUAUAAACCUCUUGACCCACUGGAAUUGUGAUACAGUGAAUUAUAAGUGAAAUAAUCUGUCUGCAAACAAUUGUUGGAAAAAUUACUUGUGUCAUGCACGAAGUAGAUGUCCUAACCGAUUUGCCAAAACUAUAGUUUGUUAACAAGAAAUUUGUGGAGUGGUUGAAAAACGAGUUGUAAUGACUCCAACCUAAGUGUAUGUAAACUAUUGACUUCAACUGUACAUAUUCAUCAUUGCUACCAACACACAAACAGAGAAUGAGUUAGCUAUAUCCCCCCCAAAAAAUGAUGCAGACAAGGGUGAAAUAGAUGGCUAUUUGGUAACAUUAGCUAGCUUACGUUAGCUAACAUCAGUCAAAGAUAGAGCGAAUAAACAAACACGUUUAGUCCGAUGAUGGCAGCUACCAGUCUAGCAGUGACUACCAUGGCAUAGUUGACAUGGAUUGACUAUGUGUAUAUCAAAAGAUAGCCCAAUUAUUUAGCUGAUGGCUUUCAGAGUUCAGGACCGUAACGUUAGCUAGCUAGCUAACUUACCCAGCUAGGCUCGCAAGCUAGGUAACUUUUGUUGUGAAUGGAAAAAAUGUCAGCCGUCGUCGAAAUAGAUUCCCCAUCAGUUCAGCGUUAAAAUCCCUCUGAUAAGCUUUUGUCACUGCAUCAUUCUUGAUAGCCGCAAACCACUGGCAGAAUUGGGGUGAAUCUCUGGUAGGUAGAACGGUGAAAGAUAACACAUGUUCGCGCUUGUUUGUAAUUAGCACAAAGGCCCAGAACACCACAAGGGCAUGAUGACAAAAAUUAGUAAAAAUCAAACGUUUUCAAAAACACCUUGUCUGAGAUGACUGUUUUGGUUGUUCAAGGUGAACAACGGCAUUAUUCAAGUUUGUGGCCUCGCCCCCUCUACCUAGGGGGUGGUAUCAGCAUUCGCUCUGAAUGCCGGACUUGAUGGUUCACUAUGAGCAGACGAAUACACAGGGAGUCUGUCACGUUCCUGACCUAUUUCUGUUAGUUUGUUGUAUGUGUUAGUUGGUCAGGACGUGAGUUUGGGUGGGCAUUCUAUGUUUUCUGUUUCUAUGUUGGUUUAAGGGUUGCCUGGUAUGGCUCUUAAUUAGAGGCAGGUGUUUUGCGUUUUCCUCUAAUUGAGAGUCAUAUUUAGGUAGGUUGUUUCACAGUGUUCGUUGUGGGUGGUUGUCUCCUGCGUCAGUGUUUGUCGCACCAUACGGGACUGUUCGGUUUGUUUUGUACAUCGUUCUUUUUGUGUAGUCUAUUUUUCCCUGUUCGUGCGUUCUUCGCGUUUUAUGUAAGUUCGUAUGGUCCAGGUCAGUCUUCAUCGUUUUGUUAUUUUGUUAGUUAAUUUAAGUAUAGUUCGUUUUCUGUCUUCGUUGUUUUUGUCGUGUCUUUAUUAAAUCAUGUCAUUUCACAAAGCUGCGCCUUGGUUCAAUCACUACUCCUCCUCUUCGGAUGAAGAGGAGGAGGACUACCGUUACAGAGUCGGAACUUUCCAAUUCUACCAGUCAAAUGAAAAUGUGCUAGUUCUAGGUUGUGGUUUGGAUAAUUGUGAUGUUUAUGAUAGAAAUGUAAUGUUGUUAAUGUAGUAAUGACUAUAUGCCGUGGCAGAGCCAGGGUGAAAUUCCCCUUUAAAGGAGACAUAUUUAAUCUUUACGCUUUCCAACGGCUCAAAAGGCUGCUGUGAAAUCACAUUAAGCACAAUAGAUAAAUCCACUUGUUUCCAUACAGUGAGCGUGCAUAAGGAGCCCUAGCACUCUGGAUAGUCUCAAUGACUCUGAGAGGCAGGCCUGUCGUAUCCAGAUUUAACUUCUCACGGGCCAGGCUCAGAGGGCCAAGGUGUCAUGCUGAGGGUGGAUAAUCUCUCCUUUAGCUUGGUUCGCUUGCGUGACACGAGUUGACAAAGCUCAUUGCACAGCAGGAGAGCUAUCCAGAGCUUGCCAUGCCAUCAAGGGGUUACCAAGAUGAGGGCUGAGGAGGAAAAGUGUAAAGCAAUACCCUCAGUCAAGGGUGUGCCAGCACAUCCACCCCAGUAGUGUGAAGAACAACGGGCAGUGACCAUAUUACCUCAACGGACCGUAUAUGACACGAUUCAGGAAACUAGGCGUAUGUUGCAAGUUACGACUUCACAGGAGAGCUGAUUGAACAUAAAAAAAACAAUUUAAUCAAAAUGCCAGAAAUGCCUUCUCAAACAUGUGAACCUUUAUGUGCCUUAAUAUCAAACUUGUAUGCCAUCUGUAAAUACGAAUAAAAUGGUUAAAUUACAAGCCAAGUUGGUUUAGACGCAAAAAAAGUGAGCAACCUUCCCGCUAGCCAUGAUUGGCUGAGAUAAUGAGUGGGCUGGACAUGCCGAGGAGGAGUUUGGAUUGGUCUACAAUAUAGCAUGCGUCUGUCUACUGGAGUUGGUCAGUAUGUUUAGGUAUUCAUGUCGAACGGCGCUUUAAAGAAAUGAUUGUGUAGUAAAACUGCAUAAACCUAAUGUCAAGUUAAAGUGUACUGUUAGCUAGCUAACGUUAGCUGGCUCGCUAGCUAACAUUAUGUGUAUGCUCUCCACUUCUGGAGGACCAAGUUUUGAAAUCAGUGGGAUUCGAGUAUGAUAGCUAAGGAGAUGGAGAAAACACCAGUCUCGAUUGCAUCGUCAAACUAAGGCAACCAUGCAUGACAUCAGACAGGAGACGCGUGCAACCAUGAUGUAUACUGGUAAGAUUUUCAGAUAUUACAUGUUUCUAAUUUUGACAGAAAGUGGUUUCAUUUCAACUGUACUGUUAGCUAGCUAACGUUAGCUGGCUGGGUUGCUAGCUAACUUCAUGUGUGUGAUCUUAUUCUCGUAUCUCAGACACAUUUGCAUGACUAAGUAUAGCCAUAGAACCUUGUUGGUUAGCUACAUGCAGAUCCAUGCAGGGUAGUAACGUCAUGAGUUGUGAUUAUGGUCCAUUGUUUAGCUAGCUAGCUAGCUACAUGUCUUAAUAAAA